AUGGCUGCACACAAAGAAAUGCCAGAUUUUGAUGUCAUCAUUGUCGGUGCUGGCAUCUCCGGCAUUAAUUUUGCUUAUCGUAUCCAAGAGUCCAAUCCGGACCUCAGCUACUGCAUUCUCGAAGCCCGACAUGAAAUUGGCGGAACCUGGAGCCUAUUCCAGUACCCGGGUGUCAGAUCGGACUCCGACCUCUAUACUUUCGGCUUUGCAUGGCGUCCCUGGACAGGAAAGCACUCCAUUGCUGAUGGCUCUAGCAUUCGCCAGUACCUUGAAGACUCAGCCGCCCAAGAAGGGAUCGACAGGAGGAUACGUUUUUCCCACAAGGUAAACAGGUUGAAUUGGUCAUCCUCAUCUAAUAUGUGGACUUUCGACAUCAGCACCCAGGACGCGAAAAUGAUAUCUCUGAGGUCUCGCUUCGUCUUCCUCGGCACAGGCUACUAUGACUACCAGGAACCACUGCGGGCGAGCAUUCCCGGAAUACACAAUUUCGAAGGAAAAGUCGUUCAUCCCCAGUUCUGGCCUGUUGACCUCGACUACACCAACAAGCGGAUCGUUAUUAUUGGCUCUGGUGCCACCGCGAUCACGCUACUUCCAUCCCUCACCACAAGGGCUGCGCACGUAACCAUGCUCCAGCGCUCACCGACAUAUAUCGCAUCCCUUCCCAGCCAAGGAGCUUUUGAGACCAUCGUUUCAAAGGUUCUACCCUGCUUUGCAGCCAAUCGAGUCAUACGCCUCAAAUGGAUGCUUUUCUCAUUUUUCAUGGUGUCGAUCUGCCGUCUUUUCCCUCGUGCAGCGAAAUCUUUCCUCCUCCGCGAGACGGCCAAACUCCUACCCCCGGACUUUAACCUGGAGCCGGAUUUCGUGCCUUCCUAUAACCCCUGGGAGCAACGUUUGUGCUUUUGUCCUGACGGUGACUUUUACGCUUGCAUUCGGAGCGGAAAAGGAAGCGUCAAUACUGGCAUGAUUGAAACGAUUACAGCGUCCAGCGUAAAGCUCACCUCCGGAAAGGAGCUUCAUCCGGAUAUCAUCGUAACUGCGACCGGGCUAAAGCUAUGCACGGCCGGUGGUAUCACCAUUACUGUCGACGGCGAGCCGUAUGAAAUAUCAAAUCACUUUGCUUGGAGAGCUGCCAUGGUGGAGGGCCUGCCGAAUUUGGUGUUAUCAUGGGGCUACGUCGACGCAAGCUGGACGCUCGGGGCAGACUCAACGGCGCAGCUAGCGUCCCGCUUGCUGACACGGAUGAGGAAAGAGAGUGUCUCAGCGAUAGUGCCGCGAAUGAUGGCAGAGGAAAGGCAGGCAUUAGAAGAACGCCCAUUUCUGGCAUUGAAGGCGACAUAUGUGAAAAAUGGCGGAAAUGCGUUUCCCAAGACUGCGUCUACAGGUCCGUGGCAGCCGCGCUCGUACUUCUGGAGGGACGUAACCAUUGCACGGUGGGGUGACGUCAAGGCAGGCUUGGAGUGGUUGAAAUAG